CAAAGAUCGAGAAAAGGAUUGUGGAAUGCACCUUCAACUGUGUUGCAACAAAUAGGGAUAAGGUUGUCCUUCGGGGAACAGCCAGACUAAUGGUCCCAAGGGAGGCGUUGGUGUGAGUGACAGAAUGACAAUAGCAAGACUGAUCAAACACUGAAAGCAAACUCAGCCGUAAGAUGCAAAAAGGAGAAGUCUUGGAACGAUUCAGGGAUGAUACUCAAACAAACAUUGUAAGGAAAAUUCAGUCCCUUCAUGACUUAGAUGAUGAUGAUGACAAAGCAGUGUAUGAUGUGACUCUUAAGGCAGGGGAUUACUCAGUGCAAGCUCACAGGGCCAACCUGGCAGCCAAAAGCGACUAUUUCCAUGCCAUGUUCUCGGGGCGUUGGUCGGAAAAAGAGAACACUGAAAUAACUCUUCAUGAAAUUACACCCGUUGGACUGAAAGCUAUUUUCGAGUUUGUGUACCUUGGAAGAAUUACCAUGGACACAGAAAACGUUGUUGAUAUUGUCUCUGCUAUUCAUCAUUGUCAGUUUGAGGCUGCCUAUAAGAUGUGUGAGGACUUUAUUGCUAAGAAAAUUGAUGAAUCAAAUUUCUAUGAUCUCUUACGUCUUUCUGAAAUGUACGAUCUAAAUAUUCUAUUGGCAAAAUUGGCAGAGUUUGCUACAAAAUUGUUCAUGCCGAGAUUCCCUAUGGUUGACCACUGUGCUUUUUUUAAGCAGUUAGAUUUGUUUAGUUCAAGUUUCUUACGACUAGUUCUGAAGACUUGGGACUUUUCAGAUGCUGGUUUUGGCAAGAUUGGUGUCUAUGACCUCAUUGCGACUUGGGUUUGCCAAGACUUGUCUAAACGUGAACAUUUGCUGAGAGACUUGUUGUCAGCUGUGGCAGAUGGAGUUUAUGUAAAUGAAGCCUUGCGGUAUGCUAAGUUAAAGCCAGCUGAUAGAUUACAGGAAGCCAAAGUUGAGGGGCCAAGGCUAGUUUCAGUUGUCUCGAAAGAUAUAUGCGAACAGAUGCCUCUCUUUAAAGACGAUUUCGUAUGUUAUGAUUUUGACACAAAUUUGAUAAAGGAGAUGGCACCAUUUCCUGCUAUGGUAGGGACAAACCUGUGGGAAUCCGGUAUUGUAGUCAUGAAUAACAUAUUAUAUGUGGUUGGGGUGCGUAAUCUAGUAACAUAUGCAGUUGAUAGUUGUUACAGAUAUGACCCUUGCCUGGACAAAUGGUCUCCAAUUGAGCCGUUGCAGACCUCGCGCACUCAAUGCCCUGUUGUCGCCCUGAAUGGUAAAUUGAUUGUCCUGGGUGGGAGUGCUGUUAAUCGAAUGAUUUUGGAUACAGUUGAAGUAUAUGAUCCUAUAACUGAUACAUGGUCAUAUGGUGUACCAAUGCCUGGCCUAUUAAAACAUCAUGCUGCUACAACGCAUCAAGGAAGUGUGUACGUUACAGGUGGUGAAAAGGAGGCCAAAUCACGUUUAAGACAAGUACUGUGUUAUGCCUCUGAAAAACUUUCUUGGUCACAAAAGGAGGACAUGAUUAUGGCGAGAAGUGGUCAUGUGGCUGUUACUCACAAAGAUCGUAUGUACCAGAUUGAUGGCUUGAGUCCGUUGCAGCCAUUUUCAGCUAAUGCUCCAUUGAUAGAGUACUACGAUUUCGACACAGACUCGGCCACACAUGUCACGUGGACUGGUAUAGACUUGACAUCAGAUCUAAACGACCUCAAUGUGGAUGGAGGUCUAAGCACGGGAGGCUUCAUGCACUUUUGCGUUAGCAGAGAUUACAAUGACGGUGAUGAUGAGUGUGGUAAGAUAAAGGUUUUUAGAUUUGAUUCAAAUUAUAAACAGAUGGUUGAAGUCUUUCAAAAGGAGAGAGGCAAAGAUGAUUACAAGUGCUGGGUGUCGCUGUCUUUUCCAAAGUUUGUUUUGGAACACCUGCCUGCCAGUGCAGAGAAACCGGAAACCAAAAGCGACUAAUGAGGACUUCCAUUGCAUUCUAAUAUGCCACAAUAGGAACGCACCAUGUCUAAGAUCCUGCAAUACCAGAGUAAAGUCGAGUUGGCUUGCAUUUACAUAACAUACCCUUGUCUGUGUUCUCAAUAGUUCCCAAUUCCAUACAAGGAGAAGUCAUCAAACCAAUGCUUUCAUGCCAGACAAGGACUGGUCCUGUCUUAAAUCAACCAGGUCGGACGUAGGUCAGGAUGGCUCCAUUCUUUAUCAGCCACAGGGAAUAGGCAUGGCGUUUUCCUGAUGCAUAUAUCAUG